AUGCGUAAUCCGCCCGAACCUCUCGACCGUGGAGGUAGUAUCUAUCUAUCUAUCUAUCUAUCUAUCUAUCUAUCUAUCUAUCUAUCUAUCUAUCUAUCUAUCUAUCUAUCUCAGUCCCUUCCUAUCUAUCUAUCUAUCUAUCUAUCUAUCUAUCUAUCUAUCUAUCUAUCUAUCUAUCUAUCUAUCUCAGUUUCUUUGUAUCUAUCUAUCUAUCUAUCUAUCUAUCUAUCUAUCUAUCUAUCUAUCUAUCUAUCUACACCUAAAAUCUAUCUAUCUAUCUAUCUAUCUAUCUAUCUAUCUAUCUUUAGUCUCGUUCAUAUCUAUCUUCUAUCUAUUCAUCUAUCUAUCUAUCUAUCUAUCUAUCUAUCUAUCUAUCUAUCUAUUCAGUCUCUUCUAUCUAUCAUAUCUAUUCAUUCAUUCUAUCUAUCUAUCUAUCUAUCUAUCUAUCUAUCUCAGUCUCUUCCUAUCUAUCUAUCUAUCUAUCUAUCUAUCUAUCUAUCUAUCUAUCUAUCUAAAUGGAUUUUAUCCAACGACGUAAGCAAAGCACAAGCUACACCCAUCGGCAGACAGGUCGCCACCAGGACAACGGUCUCCAAGGGAACAACAAGUGGUGGAGAUGUAAUUCUGUCUUUCUUUAUCUCUCUCUUUUUUUUUUAUCAACAAUCACUCUUUCUUUCUUUAUACCAACUUCUCUAUCUCUCAUCCACCCUUUCUUUAUCCCAACCUCUCACUUUUUCUUUAUUCACAACCUUUCUUCCUCUUUUAUCUCAACUUUUCUAUCUCGCUAAAAGCCACUAUUUCACUCACUCUAUAUCGUUAUCACAAAUCUCUCUUUCUUUUAUCUCCAACCUCUCUCUUAAUCUCUUUAUUUCUUUAUCACUAACUUCUCUCUCACUCUCUCUUUCGUUAUCUCCAGCCACAUACUCUCUUUCUUUAUCCACAACACUCUUUCCUUACUCCCUAUUUUUGUCAUUAAACUCUCUCACUCUCACUAUUUCUUUGUCCAUAACAUCUCUCAGUCUUCUUUAUCCCAAUUUCUCUCUGUCUCUACCCUAUCAUUCUUUCUUUCUUUCUUUCUUUCUUUCUUUUUUCUUUCUUUUCUGUCUUUCUUUCUUUCUUUUUUCUUUCUUUCAUUCUUUUUCCUUCUUUCUUUCUUUCUUUCUUUUUUUUUUCUUUCUUUCUUUCUUUUUCCUUCUUUCUUUCUUUCUUUCUUUUUUCUUUCUUUCUUUUUCUUUCUUUUCUUUCUUUCUUUCUUUCUUUCUUUUUUCUUUCUUUCAUUCUUUUUCCUUCUUUCUUUCUUUCUUUCUUUCUUUCUUUUUUCUUUCUUACUUUUUCUUUCUUUCUUUCUUUCUUUUUUCUUUCUUUCUUUUCUGUCUUUCUUUCUUUCUUUUUUCUUUCUUUCAUUCUUUUUCCUUCUUUCUUUCUUUCUUUUUUCUUUCUUUCUUUCUUUUUCCUUCUUUCUUUUCUUUCUUUCUUUCUUUUUCUUUCUUUUUCUGUCUUUCUUUCUUUCUUUUCUUUCUUUCAUUCUUUUCCUUCUUUCUUUCUUUCUUUUUUUUUUCUUUCUUUCUUUCUUUCUUUCCUUCUUUCUUUCUUUCUUUCCUUCUUUCUUUCUUUCUUUCUUUCUUUCAAUAUCUCCGCUUUCUCUCUUUAUCCCAAUCUCUCUGCCUUUCUUUAUCACCAUUUUCUCUCUCUUUCAUUAAUUCUCUAUCGCUCUCUUUCUCUAUACCCCCAAACUAUAUCACUCUUUCUUCAUCGCAAAAUAUCUCUCUCAAUUUCCCUUUAUAUAUAAUAUCUCUCUCUUUCCUUUCUCUAACCUCUCUCUCUCUUGCUUUCGUUAUUCUCAGCCUCCCACUCAGCUUAUGGUCAUUUUAUCUAUCCAUCUAUCUAUCUAUCUAUCUAUCUAUCUAUCUAUCUAACAGCCUGUUUACAUUCAUCUAUCUAUCUAUCAUAUCUAUCUAUCACAGCCUGUUCAUAUUCAUUAUCUAUCUAUCUAUUCAUCUAUCUAUCUAUCUAUCUAUCUAUCUAUCUACCAUAGCCUGUCUCAUAUUCAUCUUCAUCUAUCUAUCUAUCUAUCUAUUCAUCUAUCUAUCUAUCUAUCUAUCUAUCAGAUAUGCUGUUCAUAUUCAUUCAUCUCAUCUAUCUAUCUAUUCAUCUUAUCUAUCUAUUCAUAUUCAUCUAUCUAUACAUACGCACACGCAUUUAUACAUACACAUGUACACACAUGCAUGUAUAUAUACAGAGAGAGAAAUAGAUAACUAA